GUCGGUGUGUAGUUCGGAAUGAACGAUUGUGUCGAAGUAUUGAGCGAGAACGAAAACAACAACAACAAUAACAAAACAAAAUAAGUGGAUAAACAACAUUACAUAAAAAACGAGAGAAAGAGAACUUACACUAUAUUGUGUAUUUUGAAAGUCAUCGAAAAGCAAUAACUUAUUUUUAUCUAAGUCGGAAUUGACAACGGCAAUGUCAACCAGAUUUGCAUUUUUUUCAGUGUCUAAUUACUAUAAUUCGAACAUUUUGACUGCAUGCAAAAUAUUUUUUAUACAAAAACAACAUUGACAGUGAUCAUUUGUGCGGUGACGACACAAAAAAAAAAAAAAAAGAAAUCAUCAUUGUACAUUUUUUUCGCAUUGCCUUGAACAUCCAGACAUACAAUCCGGAAUACACGUAGCAUCAAAUCAUUAGUUAAAAAAUGUCGUUGCGAGAGUUAAUCGAUCCGGAAUGUGGUGGUGCAAAUCCAUUGAUGCGAUUGGGAAAUCAAAUUGCACACGAUGCAGCGCACAAAGACGAUGGUAUAUCUGGUCGACCGAUGCCAUUUGCCGAAGCAUCAAGUCGGCCACAGCAAAGUUUCGGCGAAAUGAGUCAAAAUCAAUUGGUCAAUGAAUUUCUUGGUCAAAUGAGUGCACCAGCACCACAAUCAUUUCGAAUGGACGCUUUACUACAAGAAAUGCGAGAAAUCGAUGCACAAAACUAUCCACAAGGUAUUGUACAAGCGCCAACAGUUUCGGCCGAAGUUCAUAAUGGUUUGACAUGGUCAAAUGAAUUUGGCGCCAAUGAUGUGAAUGCAUCUGUACAAUUAGAUUCGAAAAGUGCACCAAUCAAACCAAAUGAUGAAGAAAAGUUCUGGCAAAAUCAUCCCCAUUCUAUAAAUCAAUCCGUAGCACCAGCAAUUUCUGAAACACACACAAUGCCGUUAACUACCGGUGAAUUUUUCGAUGCAACCCCCAAAACAAAUCAAUUUGAACCGUUGAGUAUGAAUUAUGCUGGUGUUGCUGGGCCAUCAGAACAUUACAGAUACAACGAGUUUAUGCGAUUUAUGAAUCGUGUCAGCGAUGGUGAUGUUAAUAUCGAAAAUAGACAACAAACAUUAAGUCAACAGACGUUUGAAACAUGGACAGAUGAAUUUACAACACACGCUGGUGAAGCCGGUGCAACAGCGUCUACAUCAAAUCAAGAUUCUGAUUGGGUUCGUGAUUUUGCAGAGCAUAAAGCAAAACAAGAUGUGGAUAAUGAAGAAUUCAAUAAGCAUUUUUGGAAUCGUUUGCAAGACGAAUGGAAAAAAAUAUCUGACAAUCUGGAUGAUCAAUCACCAUGGCUUUCCGAAUUUAGUGAAUAUUAUGACCCGUACAAAGAAUACACGUUCGAUGAAGAAAAUCCAAUGUUAGGUGUGGAGAAUGUUUUCGAAAAGGGCAAAAUAUUCCUUGAACAAGGCGAUAUUCCAAGUGCUGUAUUGUGUUUUGAAUCGGCCGUGCGUGAAGAUUUAAAUAAUGCGGAAAUCUGGGAACUAUUAGGAACAUCACAAGCUGAAAAUGAAAAGGAUCCAAAUGCCAUAGCAGCGUUGAAAAAGUCCCUUGAAUUGAAUCCAUCAAAUCGAAAUGUGAUGAUGGCAUUGGCCAUUUCAUAUACAAAUGAAAGUCUUCAAAAUCAAGCGCUACGCAUGCUUAUCGAUUGGUUGCGAACAAAUGAAAAGUAUAAAAAUCUGGUACCCGCCCAUUUUAGCGAUGGCCCGAAACCAAUGAAUCCACAAAAAAUGGCACAUUCAUUGAUAAAUGGACCCGAAUUGGUUGACGUUCAAGAUAUAUUUAUUCAAGCGGUCCAACAAUCACCGGACGAAAUCGAUGCAGAAAUUCAAGAAGCACUCGGCGUUCUAUUCAAUUUAUCAUCCGAUUAUGAAAAGGCAGCUGAUUGUUUUAAGGCGGCACUACAAGUGAAACCAAACAGUGCCAAAAUAUGGAAUCGUCUAGGUGCAAGUCUUGCAAAUGGAAAUCAAUCGAUUAACGCCGUUGAUGCAUAUCAACAUGCGUUGGCUAUUGAACCGGGCUAUAUACGUGCCCGAUAUAAUGUUGGAAUUAUUUGUAUAAAUUUAAAAUCAUACAAAGAAGCCAUCGAACAUUUUUUGCUAGCACUUAAUCAUCAAGCUACAUCAAUGGCACGUUCAGGCCUGCAAAGUGUUAAAGACUCUAGCAAUCAAAUGUCAGACACAAUUUGGAGUACACUUCGAAUGGCCAUCUCGCUUAUGGGACGAAUGGACCUUCAAGAGGCAAUUGAUAGUCGCGAUUUAGAUGUACUCAAUCGAGAAUUUCAAUCCGUUGAUUAAACAUGUAAUUUUCUUUUUAUGUUCACAGGGGCAAUUUAUUGGUGUGGAGUUGUUAUUUACAAUUUGCUUUAAGUGGCUUAUAAAUAGAGAUCUAUAUGUUGUUAUAAAAAUGUGAUUAAGUGAAAAGAAAAACAUCCGAUGGAAAAUUGAAAGUCAAUGAAAACACAAACCGAAAUGAUUUUUCACAUUUUUAUAGAAUUAAAAAAUCAGGUAGCUUGCGAAUAAGAAUUAAAACAAAUUGACAUUUUCAUAUAAUAUUUAAUACGAUGCCAAAUUUUUACAAGAAACAAAAAAUCUGCCAAUCAAAAGUCUUACCUUUUUCGUCAAUUUUCAUCGGAGAACUAGCACUUACAUGCGCUGGAGACAUCGAACAAAUGUUUUUUUUUUUUUUUGCAAGUUAGAUUAUAAUAUAAAUAGAUUUUUACUCUUUUUGGGGGAUCAAAUAAAACGAACAUAGAUUGUUUGUGUAGUUUGCGUGUUUUAUUAAAAAAAAAAAAAAAAGCUUUAGGAU